UGACAGUCUGGUAUAAUCUAAGCAAAAACUCAGUGUUUGUAUAAAUUGGAAAAGCGGUCACACUGAAUAGCACAACGCAAAAUAUAAGAAAACAAAUACAGUGAAAACAAUAAGUUUAAACGCAAAAUACUGAAAAAUUGGCACCUAAUUAGUGGCUAGACGUGAAAUGCAGUCUUACGGCGGCCCCGACCAGAGCCAUCUACAUAAGUCGGAGCAACGAGCGGUUUUUGCACAUCCUGCGACAAAUCCUUGGCUCUUGGACGGAAUGCCUUGGAUGCUGGCCACCACAAAUGCCCCACAGCCGGGUGGCGUGAUGCAAUUUGGGGCGAAUACCAAUCACAAUGCUGUCGACAUUGAAACACAAUGCGGCAAGUGGCAACAAAAGCGCAAAUCACUCGAGCAACAAGCUUCUGGACUCCCACCAAAACAGCUUAUAACCGAGGAGCGCAUAACGGCACAUUUCAGUGGCCUGCAAAUCUCUGGAGAUGCCAACGGCGGCGUCGUCUCUGGUCCCCACAACAAUAACAGCAGCGGACAAAAUGUGAAUGGUGGACUGGCCACCGAUGACAUACCGUCGACGAGCACGGGUAAAACGCAUCAUCCGAAUCCAGCAUAUCAAAUGGCUGCUAUGGAAUUGGAGCAGAAGCUGCGCAAUGCCAAUCGAAUUGUGAUCUGUGAUGAAGUGAAGCAGGGCGUCGUCAGUCCGGUGGUGGCCGCCGUAACAGGUGCAGGUGCCAUGCCACCCGAGUGGCUUAUCAAAUCGAUACCCAGGCCAUGCACUGCUCUGGUGCCAUGGCAGCCACCCACAACACUCCACAUCCCGCUUCACAAUAAGGAACAAGCAACGCGAUCCUCUCGAGGAGCGCAGCAUGCUUCAUCUAAUGUGGCACGGAAUGCUGCAGCUGUUGUGGACCUCGAUGAUUACGAUGAUGAGCAGCAGUUCUUUGAGAAUAACAAUACAUGCAAUGUGAAUUUAAACAAGUCUGAUGAACAAAUGGACGAAGAUCUGUAGCUCUUUAAUUUUAGCAUAUAGGGGAUAAGAAGCGUGUGUGUGUGUGUUUUUCGCAUAAGCAAGAAUAGAGUUAGCAGCCGCCUGUCGAUUUACUAAUCAACUAAUUUUAGAAACAAAAAAACCAGAAAACGAAACGAAUAUUCAGAUGUACUCUCUUGUAUGUGUUUUUCAAUCGAUGCAUAUUAAAAACAAUGUUAUUGUAA